AUCAGCAAACAUGAACAUGCAUUCUGUACUCCUAUGUUAUUAUUGGCAGACAUAUCAUGCACAUCUUUAAUGUUAUAUCUUAACAUCAUAUUUCCGUUUAGUUGUGAUGAUAAAUCAUUCUCAAAUGGAAUGAGUGUGAGUUUGACAAGUAAAAGCUUACUAUUGUUUAUCAGAAUUGCUUAUAUUAAUUUCAGAUUAGAUUUCAGCGGACAUGUUUUCGUACGAUGACGAAGUGCACCAUGUUGGUGACGUUUCUGAGGACCCCGUAGUGGAGUUUAGGGCAGCGAAGCAAGCGAGCUAGGAUACCCGCGUCAAAUGUUCAGAGUUUGUCUCCAGUGCGAAAAUAUACGCAGACACAAGCUUGUCACUGGGUCAAUGUGAGUAUGGCAUUGUAAGUGAGCAGCUAUGAGCAGUCCACCUUUCAAGAACGUCCACGUUAGGGUGUUUUGUUCGGAACGGGAUUUAUCUUUAGCUAACUAGCAAGUGUGAGCUAGCUAGUGUUGAUGCAAUGAAUUGCAAAAAUCAAUAGCGGGGCAUUUGUUCUACCAUAUCGUCGUUGUCGUGGAAGACCAAUUACGGAUUCAAGAGAUUUCUGGAAUUCUGUGAAGUAUGCUGGUGAAUCCAACGCGGGGAUUUCUGUGGUCGGAUUCUGAGACCAGAGCAUUGCUAAAUAUUUGGGGGGAGCAGGACGUGCAAACUGCGCUGGAUGGCAACUUCAGAAACAGUCAUGUUUACAGAGACGUAGCCAGCCGCCUAGGAGACAUGGGCUACGAUAGGACUCCGGACCAGUGCAGGAUACGCGUCAAGAGCCUGAAAAGGCAAUACUAUCAGGCGAAAGAUGCUUUCAAGAAAAACAACGGACAGUAUCGCAAGCUGUGCAAGUUUUACGAGGAGAUGGAGAGGAUAUUGGGUAGUCGUCCAACCGUGGACCCGCAGGACAUGAUUGACAGCGUUGCCGUUGGAGACGAGAUGAUGGAUGGAACAGAAGAGGAGGGAGAGGGGACGGAGCAGUCGUCGGAUUCCUACAUGCCGAGCGCCAUUGAUUAUACAGAGCAUCCUGUGAAGAUCGAGUACCCGUCCUACACCAUACCCGUGACAGUUGGAAGUGUUCCAGUGAAACCCAUCAACUCCCAGCCCAGAACUGCCCCGUCCACGUCCUCCUCGUGCCGGCCCUCGCGGCGAGGCAGGAAGCGCUUGGCCAGCCUGCCCCUGGACAAGCUCCUCGAACGCUUCCUGGAGCAGAGCGCCGACGCCGAGGACAACUUCUACAAGAUGGAGGAGCAGCGUCUGCAGCAGGAGGAGCGGCGGCGCGAGGCCGAACACGCCCGCGAGCUCCACAUGCUCCACGUGCUCGGGCAGAUAUUCGGCGGCAUGGCCGGAGGCAGCGGCCGAGGCGGAGCAGCAGCGGCGGCGGCGGCAUCGGCUAACGUCUCGACGGCGACCCCCAUGCAAUCGGCGCCCUCCCCCGCGCACACAUCCGUUCACGUGGCCCCCGCGUCGUCGUCGUGGUCGCAGAUUCGCACUCAGCACGCGCGCCAACAGCAGCAGCAACAUCAGCAUCAGCGCGGCACGUUGUCCCCGCUUGGGCACCACCUAACAGACCACGGGCUGGAGUCUGUCCCAGUCAUAGAACGGUCCUUUUCCCUGGGCGGUUCUGCGCACAACAUGGAGAACACCCUUCAGCUGGUGAAGAAAAUCAUCCCCCCUCUGACGUCCAAAAAGCACAAGGGCCAAGACGGACGCAUCGGCAUCAUUGGAGGCUGCCAGGAGUACACUGGCGCACCAUACUUUGCAGCCAUCUCAGCACUAAAAGUAGGAGCGGACCUUUCCCAUGUCUUCUGCACCAAAGACGCAGCUACCGUCAUCAAGUCCUACAGCCCCGAGCUCAUAGUCCACCCUGUGCUGGACAGCCCCAACGCGGUGGAGGAGAUUGAGAAAUGGCUGCCGCGGCUACACACCCUGGUGGUGGGGCCCGGAUUAGGCAGAGAGGAACUCCUGCUGAAGACGGCAAAGGAUGUUAUCGAGAAAUCCAAGGCCAGAGACAUUCCCAUUGUCAUUGAUGCAGACGGUCUUUGGUUGGUGGCAAAGCAGCCAUCGGUUAUCCAGGGCUAUCAGAAAGGCAUCCUGACCCCCAACCACAUGGAAUUCAGCCGGCUCUACGAGGCCAUGCACCAGGAGCCUCUGGACAGCACUGACCAUCACCGGAAUGCCCAGCAGCUCAGCAUCGCCAUGGGCAACCUCACUGUGGUGCUGAAGGGGGAGGAGGACCUCAUCACCGACGGCAACAUGGUGCUGACGUGCUCCCAGGAGGGCAGUGGCCGCCGCUGUGGGGGGCAGGGGGACCUGCUCUCGGGCUCACUGGGGGCCUUCGCCCACUGGGCCUACAGCACCUCCACAGACGCCACCAAGAGCGUGAACCCGUCUCUGGUGGCCGCGUUUGGCGCCGCCUCCCUGACCAGGCAGUGCAACCGGCAGGCCUUCCACAAGCACGGCCGCUCCACCACCACCACCGACAUGAUCCAGGAGAUCAGCACGGCCUUCAAGAAGCUGUUCGAGAGCUGAGACACGUGGUGGAGAUGCACUCUCGCCCGUAAAGAGACAAACAAACAAACAAACCAACAUUGUGGAGUUCCAACCCCCUGGUGGUUAAACUAGACAUUGUGUAAAGAAACCUGAUCUUCCGCAUUCUCAAGACAACAGGUUCUGUCCUAAGCACACUUGCUUCCUCCUUCACUACAUUAAAGUCUCUCCCGUCAACUCUGAA